AUGUCAUACAGGUUAAUUAAACUCAAUUCAGGUCAUACCAUUCCAUCAAUUGGUUUGGGAUGUUAUGAUAUCCCAAGAAACAAAACAUCAUCAAUUGUUUAUGAAGCUUGUAAAAUUGGUUAUCGUCAAUUCGAUACUGCUGUUUUAUAUGGUAAUGAAGAAGAAGUAAUUGAAGGAAUUAGUGAGUUUUUAAAAGAUAAUCCACAAAUACCAAGAUCAGAGUUUUUCUAUACUACCAAAUUAUGGAACAAUCAACUUGGUACAAGUAAUACCAAGCAAGCAAUUUCAACCAUGUUGGAACAAAUUGGUGAUUUGAAAUAUAUUGAUUUAUUAUUGAUUCAUUCUCCAUUACCUGGGAAAGAAAAAAGAUUAGAAAGUUGGAAUGUUAUGCAAGAUGCUGUUGAAAAAGGAUUUAUUAAAAAUAUUGGGGUUUCAAAUUAUGGUAAACAUCAUAUUGAAGAAUUAUUAAAUGAUGAUAAUAUUAAAAUCAAACCGGCUGUAAAUCAAAUUGAGAUUAGUCCUUGGUGUAUGAGACAAGAUUUGGCCACUUGGUGUUUAGAUAAAGGUAUUAAUGUUGAAGCUUAUGCUCCCUUGACUCAUGGUAUGAAAUUACAAUCUUUAGCAAAUUCAAAUAAAAAUUUCCAAAAAAUCAUGGCUAAAUAUCAUAAAACUCCAGCACAAAUUUUAAUUAAAUGGAGUUUACAAAAAGGUUAUAUUCCAUUACCUAAAACUAAAACUGAAAGUAGAUUAAAAGAAAAUUUACAAAUUGAUGGAUUUGAAUUGACUACUGAAGAAAUUGAACUUAUUGAUCAACCUGAAGCUUAUGAACCAACUGAUUGGGAAUGUACUGACGCUCCUUGA